AUGUCAAGUGGUUCAGGGAAAAGUAGUAUGGCAUGUGCUCUUAGCCGAGUUGAUAGUAUUGCAUUGUUACCACAAGGAGAUUUCAUCGAGAGGUCUCUUCCAAAAUUCAUAAAUGUGUUCAUGGAUGUGCUGCUCCAUAUUUGUGAAGAAGCUAGAGACCCAAAGGGCUGGCAAAAUCCAAGGUUUCAUGUAUUUGUGAUUUGGCAUCCUACUUAG